CACACCUCUUUGAAGCAAUAAAAAGCUCCCAGCAAGCUGUGGACCCCAGUCAAAGCCAAGAAGGCAGAUCCACCACAGCACUACCAGUCGGGCGACCCAGAAAUCUGAGCACAAUGGCUGCAACACUCGGCUUGCUGCUGGCUACUUUCAUCAUCAGCACAGUUACAGAUGUGUCCUACAGUCUUGUCUCCUGUGAGCCUGGAUGGGUGAGCUACUCCAGCAAAUGUUACCAAUACUUUCCAAUGAGGAAGGCCUGGAUUGACGCUGAGCUUUACUGUGUCAGCCUUGGAGGAAACCUGGCGUCGGUCCACAGCAGCGGUGAUAACCAGUUCAUCACCAGUCUGAUUAGGAGCAGGGACACCUCUGGCCCCACCUCCUGGCUUGGAGGGUCCAACUGUGUGCGGAUCUCAUCGUGGCUCUGGACAGACGGAUCCAAGUGGGAUUUUGCAAACUGGAAUCCGGGUGAACCCAACAACGUCGGUGGCAUUGAGCACUGCUUCCACACCAACUUUGUAGCUCAAGGUGGCUGGAAUGACAUCGACUGUGCAACUCAGUAUCCAUUCGUCUGCAUGAAAAACAAAUAGCUGAAAGCAUGAAAUGGAGAGCAGGGAAGCCACGAGAGACACUAAAGAUGUCCGAUCUUCAUUACACUUCGGCUGUUUCUAAAUAAAACACAUCUAGCAUUCA